CACGUGGCAGAUUUUAGAGCAAGCAUUUUCCCCGGCUAUACAUUUUCCCCGGCUAUGGCGGCCGCUCUAGUGCCUCGUCCUCUCCUUGCGCCUUCUCCCGCUUCUUCUUGCCAGGUCCAAACCCUAGGGUGUGUUAGCGGCGCCUGCUUGUCUCUCCGGCAUCAUCAGUCUCAUCUCCAUCAGCAAUGGCGGAUGCGCGCGCCCAGAGGACCGACGCCGCAUUGGAGGAUCUUUCGCGUCUUCGCUGAAUCCACAGAGGCGGCGGUCGAUUCGGAUGCGCCUGUGGCGGCCCCGGACGAUUCACAGGUUGAGCCAGAGACAGCGAAAGAAGAGGAGUCUGGGGGAGCAGCGCAAGAAGAACAAACGGAAGCAGAGAAGCUCGUCAUGAUGCUCAAGGCCGAAGGCUCCAUGCCCGACGUAUCGAUUCCAAUCGUCCAAAGCUCUUUAGAGGCAAUGGAAGACGUCAGUGAUGUGAGGAUAACUACAUUUGAAGGUUUGACGUCCAUUUCGCUCACUAAGAAGACAAUCAUCCAGGCAACAAAUGUUGCGUCGGAGAUCGUAGAUACAAUGGAAAAAGCAGGCUUUAGGAUGCACACCUUGAACUUGGCAAUUGACGAUGAGGACUGACGCUUCCUUUCCAGGUUCUUUUGGUUUCUAGUUCUUGUAAAUUCACAAGAAACCAGGGUCGUCUCUCAGUUCUCCCAGCAAGA